CAAGGUUAUCGCACUAGAAAAAGUGACCGAUCAUCCAAAUAAAAGGUGGAAACCUUUAAUCUAGCUAGCUUUUUGAUGGAGAAGUUGGAGCUGAGUGGUUCAGCAGCUGAGUGACCAUGGACACCCUGUCCAGCCACAGCUCCUACCUCCUGCAGCAGCUCCAGGAGCAGAGGAUUCAGGGGCUGCUGUGUGACUGCAUGCUGGUGGUCAAAGGUGUCUGCUUCAAAGCCCACAAAAAUGUCUUGGCUGCUUUCAGCUCCUAUUUCAGGUCUUUGUUCCAAAACUCACCUAGUCAGAAGAACGAGGUGUUCAACUUGGUUAUCCAGGACGUCAGUGGCAUCGGUCAAAUAUUGGACUAUAUGUACACCUCCCACCUUGACGUCAAUCAAGAUAAUGUACAAGCGCUCCUGGAUAUUGCUCAGUGCUUGCAGGUUCCAAACGUGCAGAGCAUGUGUAAUUCUUUCCUCAAGCCUUGUCCUCCACCAGUGGAAAUCCCAUCAUUUUCUCUCCCAGGCAUGUUGAGCUCUGAGCACGACUGCCUCUUGGGGAGCAGUCUUCCUCACGAUGUUGACCUCCACUGCUCCUCUGAGGCCCAGAGGCCCAGCCUCAGCAGUGACGUGGACCAUGCCAAAAGGGUGUCAGUUUCUGUGCCAAAUAGCAGCUCAAACUGUGACACACCUAGCAGCAAUCAGGCACCUGUAGAAAAACAAUUAGUUCAUGGCUACAAGCUCCGUAACUUCUACAGCAAGCAGUACUUCAAACAAAGCGCAAUUCAGACUAAUAUUGCAGCCUCAAAUCAAGGCCCAGGUCCUUUGGUGGUGAUGGAAGAGCAGCACUGUCAGCUCGGGGUCAACCAGGGAGGCAACAACACACCUGUAUGCUCAGGAAACACAAUUCAGCCAAAUCCUCCCAGCACAUCUGUGGCUGCGGAAAAAAACCCUGUCUCCACUUUAACACCCUCAGAAAAUUUAAACACACCCAACUCUGACUCAACAGACUCCAUGCUCAACAGGCCAGUGCGCCCAAAGAAGGCUGUGUACCUGAAAAAAUACAACUACCUGAGGUCUCAGAAGGCUUUGGAAGAGAUGUGUGCUGAAUCUGUCAGUGAACCCGUCCUCAGCUGUCCCAAAGAGAGUCAUCAAGAAGAGUCUUUGGUUCAGACUGAAACUCCAGAAGUUCCCGUCGACGGCAUUACUGCAGGUGGUGAGAAGGUUCCUGAGAUGGUGACAGAUGCACAACAUCCCAGUCCUCCACCUGUGACCCAGGAGGAACAAAAGACAGUACCAGAGCCACAGCAGCAGACGGGACAUAAGCAGUAUUGCUGUGAUGUGUGUGGGAAGAUUUUCAAACACCCGAGCAACCUGGAGCUGCACAAGCGCUCACAUACCGGUGAGAAGCCCUUUCAGUGUAAUGUUUGUGGGAGAAACUUCUCACAGGCUGGAAAUUUACAGACCCAUUUGCGGCGACAUUCCGGAGAGAAACCGUACAUCUGUGAAUUAUGUGGUAAAAGCUUUACAGCAUCAGGGGAUGUCCAUCGCCACAAAGUGGUCCACACAGGAGAGAAGCCACAUCUGUGUGAUAUAUGUGGUCGAGGAUUUAACAACUUGAGCAAUCUGAAGGAGCACAAGAGGACUCAUGCCACAGACAAGACUUUCACCUGUGACCAGUGUGGAAAAUCUUUCAACACGCACAGAAAGCUUCUGAAGCACAAGGCUCGCCACGCUGGAGAAAAACCACACAGCUGUGCCACCUGUGGGAAGUGCUUUAUUGGUUCAGGGGACCUACAGCGUCACAUACGUUCCCACACUGGUGAGAAACCCUACAUCUGUAACGCCUGCGGUAAGAGCUUCACUCGCUCUGCCAUGUUGAGGAGACACAGCAACAUGCACUGCAAAGGGGCUCCAGCCGACAGCCCGGUUACCAACAACUCUGAGCAGACGCGUAGCGCAGAUGGAGCAGCCUCAUUCCCUAAACCUGUCAGCCACAGAAAACCUCCUGCCUCUACCAGUGAGCAGAAUUUCUCCACUAUGAUACCUCACACAGGGCUAGACAAACCCUCACCACCUACUCCUUCACCACCACAGCCACCACCACAUAUAGAGACUCCUUCUCCCAGCAUGCACCUCAGCCCAGCUUCCACCCCCACCCCUCUUCCAGAGCUGCGCUCGCUGGUACCGCAUCACCUCCUCUCCUCCAGCCACCAGGAGAGAACUGACCACAUGAAGGUGGCCAAGCCCCACCUAGCUCAGGAGGCUGUGUACGGUCCAUAUGUGGAGAAUGGGAAUAUGUCAGUGGAGAUGGGCAGAGGUCUGCCGGGGAGGCCCUACCUGCCUCCCACAGACAAUCAGUGCAGUUCAUUUACAUCCAGCAGGCCCAGUGGUGGCUCCUACAGGUCCAGUGAGGGCCAGUUUAUCUCCAGUGUUACGCUGUGGGGCCUGGCAAUGAAAACUCUGCAGAAUGACAAUGACAUGGAGCAAUAAAACGCUUCUCCAAAUAUUUCACAGGGUGCACACUUUUCACUAAUGUUUACUUAGCUGAUUUUGAUUGUUACCACUUGGCUCUUGAUUGGUUCAAACUGACUUGUAUAAAAAAUGGCAGCUGUUAUGAUGCAGCAAACUUAAAAUAGUAAUAAUAUGAAUUAUUCAUAACUGGAAAUGUUUUAGAGUUGCCUUUCCUCAAAAUCAAAGUAACUGUCUCCUAGUUUUUCAUAAAACAAUUAAAUAAUACAUUUACUCAUAGGGAUGAAAACUGCCAUUGUGACGCUUUUCUGACCUCGUCCCAGUCAGACAGGUGAUGGUGGACACCAACUGUGACAUCACUAAUUAGGGUGUGGCCUGAAGUGCAACAUGCUUAAAUAUUAGAGCCCAUAAAGAGCAGUGUGCAAUUUUUUUGCCCUCUGAUUCUGUGCACAUCUGCCCUUUUAAAGUUCCACUUAAGAAACAUCCAAGGACGCAUCACAGCUAAUUAAAAUCUUAAUUCCACUUUUCCAGUUUGUUUAUACAGCACUGCACUUUAAAAUGUAAAAAUGCAAACCUAUUUUCAAU